UCGCCUGCCUAUUUUCAUAUUCAUUAGAACUGGGAGGUUGCCCGAAGAGCCCAGCUGAGUUUCAAGAUAUAAAAGCGACUUCGGGUGCCCCCUUUCCAGCCGGGACGUAUUAAAGGGCUCGGAGCCGGGCAGCUCCCGGCGCCGAAGCGCUCGCUUCCCCUUCCCUCCUCUGCCCUCCCUUCUCCCGCCCACUUGCUCCCUCCCCCAGCGCUCUCCAGCCUCCGCGCCCCUGGAGCUCCGCAACAACCUUCCAGGAUUAUGGAGUUUCUGAGCGAGAAGUUUGCCCUCAAGAGCCCGCCGAGUAAAAACAGUGACUUCUACAUGGGCGCAGGAGGCGCAUUGGAGCACGUUAUGGAGACGCUGGACAAUGAGUCCUUUUACAGCAAAGCGUCGGCGGGCAAAUGCGUGCAGGCCUUCGGGCCCCUGCCCCGCGCCGAGCAUCACGUGCGCCUGGAGAGAGCCUCGCCCUGUCAGGACAGCGGCGUGAACUAUGGCAUCACUAAAGGCGAAGGACAGCCUCUUCAUCCCGAGCUAAACAGAGCUAUGGACAACUGUAACAGUCUCCGAAUGUCUCCCGUGAAGGGGAUGCCAGAAAAGGGAGAACUAGAUGAACUUGGGGAUAAAUGUGACAGCAACGUAUCCAGCAGCAAGAAGCGGAGACACAGAACCACCUUCACCAGCCUGCAGCUCGAGGAGCUGGAGAAGGUCUUUCAGAAAACCCAUUACCCGGAUGUAUACGUCAGAGAACAGCUUGCUCUGAGGACUGAGCUCACGGAGGCCAGAGUCCAGGUUUGGUUUCAAAAUCGAAGGGCCAAGUGGAGAAAAAGAGAACGUUAUGGCCAAAUACAACAAGCUAAAAGCCAUUUUGCUGCCACCUAUGAUAUAUCAGUUUUGCCAAGGACUGACAGCUAUCCACAGAUUCAGAACAAUUUGUGGGCAGGAAAUGCGAGUGGCGGUUCUGUGGUUACUUCAGGCAUGUUACCACGUGACACUUCCUCGUGUAUGACACCUUAUUCUCACUCGCCUCGGACAGAUUCCAGUUACACAGGGUUUUCACACCACCAGAACCAGUUCAGCCACGUGCCCCUCAACAAUUUUUUCACUGACUCUCUUCUGACUGGGGCUACCAAUGGACAUGCAUUUGAAACAAAGCCAGAAUUCGAAAGGAGGUCUUCCAGUAUUGCAGUCCUUCGAAUGAAAGCCAAGGAGCACACUGCCAAUAUUUCAUGGGCCAUGUAACAUACAGUACUCUUUUAUUUUUCUUUUAAUGGCAAAGUAAAACAUUCUAUUUCUCAUAUUUAAAGGAUACCACAAUAAGCUGCUGUGUGUGGAAUUGCUAAAGGUCAAGAUAUACAGUGAGACCAGCUUAAAUGAAUAGUCGUUAUUAUUUAACAUUAAAAUCUAAGAAUGAACCUCUGGAAAGACUAAAUAGAUUUACCAUCCAUCAGUCUCCACAAACGCUGUUUUAGUAGUAACAUUUUUUUUUUCUAUUGUACAAGUCGAUGAAAUACGAUCAUGCAACUUCUUAAAAGAAUAAAUGUAUUAAACAAAUUC